UCACCACUAGUAGCCCCUCCACUCUCCCAUUGGCUUUGCCGGCAUUUCAAUUCCAUUCCACCCGAUCCUUCUUCCUUUUUCUUCCUUUUUCCUUUGAAUGCUUGGCGGGUCCCUUGCACUAACCCUUGUGCAAUUUCAGAUAGUCCUGAUGCCCAUAAUUAUCAACUUCUACUUCUUCUUCUUCCCUCAUGUUGGGUUUCUCAAGUACCCAUCCCCCCCAACCCGCCAGAAAAAGGUGCAAAAAUGUACACACAGUCUUCCUUGGUUGCUAGAGCCAAUCAAAGGUUUGGAGGCCUUGGCCACUGGCAUACCCAUUUAAAGCCACUAGUUAACUACCUUAUUUUGUUCUCUCUGUUGAAGGCCAGUUAUUCAUCUAAGGGUCCUGAUAUUGAAGGUGAAGCUUUGAUUGAGUUGCUAACGGCUCUGAAUGACUCCAAUGGAAGUAUUACAGAUUGGAACGAUAAUUUUGUCAGCCCAUGCUUUAGUUGGUCUCAUGUGACUUGUAAAAAUGGAAAUGUUGUAGCCUUGAGCUUGGCUUCAAAAGGAUUUUCAGGAAAUCUCUCACCUUCAAUUACAAAAUUGCAAUUUCUGGUUACCUUGGAAUUACAGGAUAACAAUUUAUCAGGAGCAUUGCCCAACUAUCUUGGCAGUAUGGAGCGCCUACAAUUUCUGAAUCUUUCACACAAUAAUUUUAAUGGCCCCAUACCUAAUUCUUGGGGUCAGCUCUCCAGCCUAAAGCAUCUGGUUCUAAGCAGUAACCAUUUAAGUGGACAUGUGCCUGUAUCACUUGCAAAUAUUUUGGGCUUAAUAGAACUAGAUCUUUCAUCCAAUGGGCUAACUGGAAGAAUCCCAAUGCAGUUGUUUCAUUUGCCAUCAUUCAACUAUACAGGGAAUCGUCUUUCUUGUGGGUUGAGUUUGCAGCAGCCUUGUAUUUCAAGUUCUCCCAUUCCCGCAGUUUCUUCCAGGAAAUCAAGACUUGAAAUUGUCAUUUCUGGUGUAAGCUGUGGUGUGUUCAUUCUUCUGUCACUUGGGGCUAUUUUUACAUACCGAUACCAAAAAAUGCAUAGACUCGAGCGUGAUCUUUUUGUAGAUGUCUCUGGUGAAGAUGAUUGCAAAAUUUCAUUUGGCCAACUAAGAAGAUUCUCAUGGCGUGAGAUCCAGCUUGCUACUGAUAAUUUCAGCGAAAGCAGCAUAAUUGGUCAAGGAGGCUUUGGAAAAGUUUACAGGGGCGUUCUUUCAGAUAACACCAAGGUUGCCGUGAAACGUCUCACAGAUUAUCACAGUCCUGGAGGGGAGGCUGCCUUCCUGCGGGAAAUUCAAUUGAUUAGUGUUGCAGUUCACAGAAAUCUUCUCCGUUUGAUUGGGUUCUGUACAACAUCAUGUGAGAGAAUUCUCGUUUAUCCGUUCAUGCAAAAUCUCAGUGUUGCUUAUCGUUUAAGAGAUUUAAAGCCUGGAGAAAAGGGUUUGGACUGGCCAACAAGAAAGCGUGUGGCUUUUGGCGCAGCCCAUGGCUUGGAAUACCUACAUGAACAUUGCAAUCCUAAGAUCAUACAUCGUGAUUUGAAGGCUGCUAAUAUCCUUCUGGAUGAUGAUUUUGAAGCCGUUCUUGGAGAUUUUGGGCUAGCAAAACUAGUAGAUACAAAGUUGACUCAUGUUACAACUCAGAUUCGUGGGACUAUGGGACACAUUGCUCCAGAAUAUUUGUCUACUGGAAAAUCAUCAGAAAUGACAGAUGUGUUUGGGUAUGGCAUAACUCUUCUGGAGCUUGUAACUGGUCAGCGUGCAAUAGAUUUCUCUCGUCUUGAGGAAGAAGAGGAUGUUCUACUCCUUGAUCAUAUUAAGAAAUUGCUCAGAGAAAAGAGGUUGGUGGACAUUGUGGACGAAAACUUGAAGGACUACGACCCCAAGGAAGUUGAGACGAUUGUGCAGGUUGCAUUACUCUGCACCCAGAGUUCACCAGAAGACCGUCCAAGGAUGGCAGAAGUGGUCAGCAUGCUUCAAGGAGUGGGUUUGGCAGAGAGAUGGGCUGAAUGGGAGCAGCUUGAAGAAGUAAGAAAUCGAGAGUUCUCCCUCUUCUCCAGCCGUUUUGAAUGGGCCUAUGAAACUACAAAUGACCAAGAAGCUAUACAGUUGUCGCAAGCAAGAUAACCAGAGCUGCUCGGGAAUUCCCCUAAAGAUAUCUGCAUGGUUCUCUUACCAUUGCGAUCAUCCAUGCACCGUGCUGGAUUGACAAUAUUAUUCGAACAAACUUCUUGCCUAUUUUACGCGGUAUGGUAGUUAGUUGUUGGAACUGCUACUUUUUGGGUUGUCAUAUAUAUGAUGUAACGGUUGCAAUGUACUAUAAUCGUGCUCAUCUUCUUUUGUUUAUCUGCAUCCAGCAAUUAAUCCAAAUGGAUAUGUACGAUCUUUUGAUGAUUCCAGUGGCUUGGUUUUUGGGUUUUA